AUAAAAAGCGCAGAAUAUAUAAAAGCUAACAAUGACUGGUUAGAUACCCAAGCCAACGCCAAAGCAGCCCAACUUAUAGGGUCAAUAAGGACAAAAAUACAAGCGGAUGAAGACAGUUCAAAUGAAGCUUUAAUGAAUGCUGACUUUAAGAACGCCUUCGAAGCUCUUCAUAGUAAGGUGAAACUAGUGAACGACUUCUCAUCUGGAAAGAAACUGAAGUCUGAAGGUUUCGACAAAGAGUUAAAAGAAGUAGCACAAAAUAUGACGAAAAUAACAGAUGCAGCAACGAGACAGGCAGUUCAAAGUGCCUAUGACGCCGUUAGAGCAACUGUUGUGGAAAGUCAAGAAAAAGAGUUACAACAGACCAAAACAGACCUAGUAAAUGCUUUCUUAAAAACGAAAAGUCAGGUAGGACACUAUGCUGCAGAUGGAACAUAUAUACCAGCUGGUGGAACUUAUAUACCAGCUGGUGGAACUUAUAUACUAGCUAGUGGAACCUAUAUACCACCAAACCCUCCAAGAGAAGCACCUGCACCAGGACUACCUAAAACAUUUACAUCGUCACAUGGACACAGACACAGGCAUGCACCAAAACCAACACAACAACCAACAGUUCAAAAUCCAGCACCACAACAACAACCAAAACCAACAGUUCAAAACCCUGCACAACAACCAACAGUUCAAAACCCUGCACAGCAACAACAACCAACACAGCAACCAACAGUUCAAAAUCCAGCACAACAACAACAACAAACAGAGCAAGGACAUAAAAGAAGUAGAGAACAAGGAAACCAAGAUUUCUUAAAAAUGCUUAAAGAAGACUAUGGUUACCCAGAUACUCUUGACUUUAGUGACAGAUAUAAAGAAGCUAUUAGAAAGUUCAAGGAAGGAAAUACUGACCCGAACCUAUUUAGCUUUAUGGCUCAGCACCAAAUGGGAUAUAAUUUCAAACCUGGAAAAUACAAGCUCGCUAAGGGAUAUGAUUUAAUAGCAUAUCAUCCAAAUGACAUGAACGAAUU